AUGCCUUCACAAAGCAUGGCCACUUUGGCUGAGCAGGCUGCAAAGCUGCUUGACUUUAGUCAAAAGCUUGACAUCAACCUCUUGGACACAGUAGUUGGUGCCAUGUACAGUGGAGAGGGUCCUGAACAACAAAUGGCCCAACAAAUAUUGACUAGUUUGAAGGAGCAUCCUGAUGCUUGGACAAGAGUGGACACCAUACUUGAAUUUUCCAGCAAUGAACAAACAAAGUACUAUGGAUUACAGAUCCUUGAGAAUGUAAUCAAGACUCGUUGGAAAGUAUUACCUCGCACUCAGUGUGAAGGAAUCAAGAAGUACACAGUGGGACUUAUCAUCAAGAUAUCCUCUGAGAAGGAAAUGGCUGAGAAAGAAAAGGUGUAUCUUGGGAAGUUGAACAUCAUCUUGGUACAGAUCCUAAAACAUGAAUGGCCUAGAAACUGGCCAGCAUUCAUCAGUGAUAUUGUUGGUGCCAGCAAAACAAAUGAAUCUCUGUGUCAGAACAACCUUGCCAUCUUAAAGCUCCUCAGUGAAGAGGUGUUUGAUUUCUCCAGUGGGCAGAUGACCCAGGCCAAAGCCAAACAUCUCAAAGACAGCAUGUGUAAUGAGUUCUCUAGUGUAUUUCAGCUGUGUCAAUAUGUUAUGGAUAAUUCUCAGAAUGCCUCUCUCGUUGGAUCUUGUCUAGAGACAUUGCUUAGAUUUCUGAACUGGAUUCCACUGGGCUACAUAUAUGAAACGAAGUUGAUCAGCACAUUGAUAUACAAGUUUCUCAACGUGCCGAUGUUCAGAAAUGUCACUCUCAAGUGCCUGACAGAGAUUGCUGGUGUGAAUGUCAGCCAAUAUGACCAGCAGUUUGUUGUACUCUUCACACUCACCAUGACACAACUGAAACAGAUGCUGCCAUCCACCACGAACAUAAAGUCAGCAUAUGCAAAUGGUAGAGAUGAAGAACAGAAUUUCAUCCAGAAUCUCAGUCUCUUCCUGUGUACAUUCUUCAAAGAGCAUGUUGAACUCAUCGAGAAGAAACCAGAGUUCCAUGAAAUUCUCCUUGAGGCACACCACUAUCUCCUCCUGAUUUCUGAGGUGGAAGAAACAGAAAUUUUCAAGAUAUGCCUCGAGUACUGGAACACCUUGUCAUCAGAGCUAUACAGAGAGAGUCCAUUCCCGUCCACUCCUUCAUCUCCCCUGCUGCUGGGUAGUGCCAACAACAGUGUUCCACCUCGCAGACAACUUUAUCUUCAAGUACUAUCAAGAGUGAGAAGAAUAAUGAUUUCUCGAAUGGCCAAGCCUGAGGAAGUACUAGUGGUUGAGAACGACCAAGGAGAGGUUGUGAGAGAAUUCAUGAAAGACACAGACUCCAUCAACAUGUACAAGAACAUGAGAGAAACCCUGGUGUAUCUGACCCAUUUAGACUACGCAGACACAGAAACCAUCAUGACAGAAAAGCUUCAACUUCAAGUGAAUGGACAGGAGUGGUCAUGGAAAAACCUGAACACACUAUGCUGGGCAAUAGGAUCUAUCAGUGGUGCUAUGCAUGAGGAAGAUGAGAAGCGAUUCUUAGUAACGGUGAUCAAGGAACUCUUGGGACUAUGUGAACAGAAACGAGGGAAGGACAACAAGGCUAUCAUAGCUUCUAAUAUCAUGUAUGUUGUGGGGCAGUAUCCCAGGUUCCUGAGGGCGCAUUGGAAGUUUCUCAAGACUGUUGUGAACAAGCUCUUUGAGUUUAUGCAUGAAACUCAUGAUGGUGUACAGGACAUGGCAUGUGAUACAUUCAUCAAGAUUGCGCAGAAAUGUCGGCGUCAUUUUGUGCAAGUGCAGGUUGGGGAGGUGAUGCCAUUCGUAGAGGAGAUUCUUAAUAACAUCAACACCAUUAUCUGUGAUUUACAGCCACAACAGGUUCAUACAUUCUAUGAAGCAGUUGGUUAUAUGAUCAGUGCACAGACAGAGAGCAUGGUUCAGGAGCACCUGGUUGAGAAGUACAUGCUAUUACCUAAUCAAGUCUGGGAUAACAUCAUCCAAGGAGCUACAAAGAAUGUUGACAAGCUUCAGGACCAUGAUGUUGUCAAACAGUUGGGAAGUAUCCUCAAGACCAACGUCAGGGCAUGCAAGGCAAUCGGACAUCCAUUUGUAAUACAGCUUGGCAGAAUAUACUUGGACAUGCUUAAUGUGUACAAGUGUAUGAGUGAAAACAUCUCUGGAGCUAUUCAGCAGAAUGGAGUACAAGUAACCAAACAACCUGUCAUCAGAAGUAUGAGAACGGUCAAAAAGGAAACACUCAAACUAAUCUCUGGAUGGGUCAGUCGGUCUAAUGACCCACAAAUGGUCUGUGAAAACUUCAUCCCUCCGUUACUGGAAGCAGUGCUGAUUGAUUACAGAAAUAACGUCCCUGACUCGAGAGAACCUGAAGUACUCAGUACCAUGGCAACCAUUGUCAACAAGCUAGAGGGAAGCAUCACAGCCGAGAUUCCUACGAUCUUUGAUGCCGUCUUUGAGUGUACAUUAGAGAUGAUCAACAAAGACUUUGAAGAGUUUCCCGAGCACCGAACAAACUUCUUCCUUCUUCUUCAAGCCGUCAACAAUCAUUGUUUCCCUGCUCUCCUCAAGAUCUCAGCCGUCCAAUUCAAGCUGGUCCUUAACUCUAUUGUAUGGGCCGUAAAGCACACAAUGAGGAAUGUAGCAGACACAGGAUUAUCGAUACUCUAUGGAUUACUGCAGAAUGUAUGGCAAGAUGCUACAGUAGCACAGAGCUUCUACCAGACAUACUACACUGACAUCUUACAACAUGUACUCUCAGUAGUGACUGAUACAUCACACACAGCAGGUCUAACACAGCACGCUACCAUCUUGGCAUACAUGUUCAGCAUUGUGGAGAACACUAAGAUCACCAAAUCUCUAAGCGCAACACAAGGAGAGAGAAGCAAUGAACUCUACAUCAAGGACUUUACUGCAGGCCUCCUCAAGGCUGCCUUCCCUCACUUACAAGCACCCCAGAUCAAGCUGUUUGUGACAGGACUGUUCAGUUUGAACCAGGACAUACCAGCAUUCAAAGAACAUCUCAGAGAUUUCUUGGUCCAGAUCAAGGAGGUAGCUGGAGAUGACACCACUGACCUGUUCUUGGAAGAAAGGGAAGCUGAUCUCAGACAUGCAGAGGAAGAGAAGAGGAAGAUUCAACUGUCUGUACCAGGUAUCAUCAACCCUCAUGACAUACCAGAAGAGAUGCAGGACUAGAGAUUGCCCUGGCCUGGCCUGCCUUGAGAUGAUGAAUAAAAGUGUCCUUUGCAAUCCAUUGAUCUUGAUAACCAACCAAAAAGCUUUUGAUAUUUGCUGCGAUGUCGAAUCAACUAAAAGCUUGAUGCGGUCAUCAACUUACAGAAUCAACUAAAAGCUUGGUUUAGUCAUUAACUAUGUAACAGAAUCAACUAAAAGCCUAGUUCAGUCAUCGACUGUGUUACAGAGUCACUUAACAACUUGGUUUAGUCAUUAACUAUGUAAUAGAAUCAACAAAGGCCUUGCUUAGAAAUUGACUGUACAGAAUCAAGUAAAAAGUUUGUUUUGAUCGACGACUGGGAUGCCAUCAAGUAACAGGUGUCCACCGGUAAGUUGUGCUGCAUACCAGUAAAGUCAAAUUUGUUUUCUUUUUCAAAGAAUGGAUUGUCAUAAUCAAGAAGUAAAAAUGGCUGAAGUAGGAUCUAGUAAGGGCUCUGUAUUGAAUUUGUAAAGUUGGUUGUUUUUUAAUCCUCUGUGAAGAUUGAUUUAUGUGAGUUUCCAUUAUACCGUAAGCCAUGUAUCUACUUAACAGCUCUGAUUGCUUGUGAUUAAUCCUGUUUUAAAGUUUUGCAUUGGGGAGCCACAUGUUUUCUUCCUUCUGUUUAAUGCAACUUGGUAAAAUCAUGUUUUUUAUGAUUUAUGUUAAUAGACAUUCACCAUAAUUAAUCUGAGAUAAAGUUGCUUCUGUCUUUUCAAACAGAUUAAAUGAAAGGAUACUUUGUUCUAUUAUCAUAGAAUAUAUAGUAAUACUAAAUGUAUUUGUAUCACAAGUUAAGUAAUGUAUUCAUUUGAUUUCUGCUGUAGGGACUCAUCGGCAGUUUUCUUUAUUCUUGUACCUUUUUGAACUCUGUAUAAAAGUAUUUCAAAUUCCUAUUGUGCCAUGUUAUCUAAGGUCAUUUAUAUAUGCUCGAGUUGUACUAAAUAGCUUUGAUAAUGAAGUAUCUCUAUGAGCAAGAUUUAAUUACCCUGAUUUCCCUUGAGUUGAAGUACUUUAAUUUAUAUAUGAUACAUAUUGCAGAUGGUAGGUAAAGUAUAUAAACAAAGGAUUGCACAUAAUGAUGGUUUGCAAUAUGCUACAAAUAUCCCUGCUUUGGAUAGAAAAGUUUUGUAGUGUAGGCUGAAGCGAAUUGGAUCGGAGUGAUUUUCAAAACUUAGUAUAGCAAGCAGUAGGUUCAUCUAACUAUUGCCUGUAUCUAAUGCAUUGAACAGAAAUUGACAUCAGUGUUUUGAUUUAGACAUUCUAUUCCAAAGAUGUGAACUUGGCAUUUAUUGAGUCAAAGGCUUGAGGAGUGUCAGGAGAUAGUAUGAUAUUGCACCCUUGUUGCAAUAGUACAGAAGAUAUCGAUUGUUCAGUUGCUUGCAAGAUAUCUCACUGGGAAGCUAUCAACGUAUGGAACACACUGGUUGUUUCAUCCUGGCCCUUUGAUAAAAUAUGUGUAGCAUGGUUUAGUAUUUCUGCAAUGACACUUAAAUUCAUUCUGCCUAAAUACCUGUAGAUAUUUCUUGCUUCCUUCCGAAGUACUGGAGUUGGUACUCGGUAGUCAUCUCAUUUUCAGCCUUUUUUGUAUUAUUCCUAUUUUAUGUUACACUUACAGGUCAUUCCCAACAUUGGAUUUGUACUGUGUGCUAGCUCACAAUGCUUUGUUUUGACAGUUUGAAAUAUCACUAGUUUCCAAUGUUUUUAUUGUUUGAUUUGUUUCUUUCAAGCUUCAUCAGUACUUUAAUUUUGGUACUUGAAGGUUGCACCUGUAGUUCUUUCAAACAUGUUCUAGUCUAGUUGUAUAUCCAUGACUUUAAGGUCAUCAACAAUUGUUGGAUGUCCUUGCUUUUUCAAGAAAAGCGUUAACAGUCAUACAGAUCACUGUGUGAUUACAGGCUAUUUGUAUUGAUUUUGUAUUUUUUUAUUACCGGUAUAUUAAGUUAAGUUUCUCCGUUAAGUGUUCAUAGUUUCCACAUUUAUAUAUAUAUGUAUGUAUUAGAACUGAAGAUUGAAGAGAUGAUUUGCAUCAUCACCAUGUACAUAGAUCUACUAUUGUCAGAUAAAUUGCAAAAUACUAUCACUAUGUGAUAGCCCACUGCAUGAAUGAGGUGCUGCAUUUUUGUACACACAAUGGCCAAGCAAACAUAAUUUCAUCAACCUCUUUGUAAGUUUGAGGUUCUCAAGUUAGAUCACAAGUAUUGAAGUAGCUAUGGAGGUCAUGAUUGAUGUGUUGUACAGGGAAAACUCUAUAUAACGAGGUCGUCGGGACCAAUUGAUUUUCUUUGUUACAGCUGAUCCUCGUUAUGAGAGGUUCAUGCUGUCAUAGCAUUACCGAAAAUUAUUUUUGGGCCCAGACAAUACUCAUAUUGUAAGCGUUACCUUGAUUUAGCCAAACUUGUUAUAUUGAGUUUUCCCUGUACUCUUAAAGACCUCUUGAGAAAUUAAUCACAUAUAUAUGCAACUUUGUGUUAAUAUGAUGAUGAUACUGCCACCAUGUUCUUUUGCUUCAUUUCAAACCUCACUUUUUUCAAAGUAAGAAGAAUACAUAUAUCAAAUAUUGCUUCUUUUCAAUAUCUUUACAUUUUGAUUGAUAUAUUUGUGCUCCAGAUCUCAUGUACUGUAAUUCCUUAAAGGAAUUAAUUGUGUGAUGUUCUGCAUUGUAUCUAUACAUAGCAUGCAUGUAGGUAGAACUAGAAACAAUGACAUAGGUUGUGUAGAGGUAUCAUAGUAUAGUAAAGUCCAGAAGUAAAGGAGAAACCUUCUCUUUCUCAAGCAGACGGUUCCUAAAUGAUAGAUAUAAAUCCGAGCAAGGAUUGUUAAAUAUAUGAACUCAAUUAUACUCUCAAUUGAAGUCACGUCUUGGGAUGAGACCGAGUAUAUAAAUCAAUUUAUGAGCAUGGACAUGUUCUCCAUGAUGUUGAUCAGCGUAUCUACAUCUUUUGAAAUACAAUCACACCUAUAGAGAAAGAGCAUCCGGGGGAAGCACUAAAUAUGGUCUUUGGAGGCAGUUGGUCUUUAUAUUCAGGUUUUGUGUAAUAACAAUAAUAUUUCGCUCUAAUAUAGCAUUUCAAGGGAAACAAAAACAAUGUGAUCCUUUAAGACAUUUGGUCUUUCUAUACCGGUGGUUGCUAAAGCAGGUUUGACUGUAUGUUCUUCUUACAGUACGAUUUGCAAGCAAAAAAAUACCCCCCCCCCCCUCCCAAAAAAUAAAUGGAAAAGGAUAGUGAACUUGUGAUAUAAAUUGUAAACUUAGUUUCUGUGUAAUACACAUUAGCAAUUAGAAAUUAGACACUUACCACUAUCUUACUUUAAACGUUGCCAAAGUUCUGAUUUGUAAAUAUUAUUAUUGUAAUUUGAAUAUUUUGUGCAUUCAAAAUGCAGUCUAAAUACAUGUACAGGAUAUCCAGCUGUUCAUGUGCAAGGUAUUAUGGUACUUAUAUGCUUUGAGUGUGUACAACAGUUCCAACUGUUUUCCUGAAGUAAUGAUUGCCCCACCCUCAUGUUUGUACAUUAAAAAAGAUAAUAUUUUGUAAAGAAACUUGUACCAUAUUAGCACAUUGUGUUCCUCCUUGUAUUUGAAGGGAGUGAUUAAGUUUGAUAUACAGUAAAUGUUGAAACCCUCUUUUCACAUGUUCAAAUAUCAGCUGAGUUUAUUAGUUCAAUGAGAAUUCAGAUGAUUUCACAUACAAGAUGAAGUAUGAUGGAUGAGAAGAAAAAUUGUCUUUUAUUGUAUGACAUACAAAUGUACAUUAAAAUCACAGCGUAUUUUGUUUUCUAGACUGCAUAAAAUAUAUGAUGCAAUGUGGUUCAUUGCACAUGGAGCAAACAUAGUCUCUUUUGAAUGCUAAAUCUGUUUCAUUUUUUUAUAUUUCUUAUUCUGAUGUAUAACAUGGGAAUGUUGAUAGAUACCAUACAGUAGGUCUGAUGAACUCAUCAAUCAAAAUGAUAAUUCAAGACGUAUCUUACACAUUUCAAACUCAUUUUGAGCUCCGAAAUGGUCAGUUGUAGAUGACAAUAUUUCCCCCCGCAUUUACCAAAUCCUUCAUGAUCAAUCUGCAUUUAAAAACAUGAUUGGAAGUGUGGAGAUCUAGAAGACAUUUUCUGUUCCUUUUGCAGUGGAAACUCAUUUUAAAAGAACCACAUUUCUAUGAUUAUGCCAAUAUGAGAUAUUUUUUUUAAUCUUUCAUUUUGUAGAUGUUUACACCAUUAUUGCAUAUGUAUAUGAAUGUUUGGGACAAAAACAAUAAAAUGUACAAAUAAAAACAUGAA